AGACGUUCCUCAGAGCUUUUUGAUGCCUCAGACCUUUCCCUUUUAUCCCUCUUGCUCAGGUGCUUCCUUUCACUCCUUUUUCCAGAGGGCAGGCGUCCUAGCUCCAGUUGGUCCAUCCCUUGGGCCCUCCCCUGCUCUUCAUCUAGCCAAACUGGUUUGAGUCAGCCACACCCCUUCCCAGCUCCCUGAGCUCUUCAGGUGGUGGCUGGCCACUCAACCCCACCCCUGGGCUUGGCUUGGAGCCCUGAGUCAGCUCCAUCACCACCCAAGCCAAACCAAAGCUGAGGCAGGAGCCGAAACUCAGAGUCCCUCAAAGCCUAUAGCCAGGUGAUGGAGGACGAGGAGAAGGCAGUGGAGAUCUUGAUGGGCAACACGGAAGCUGCUCAUCCUCCAUCCCCCAUCCGCUGCUGCUGGCUCCGCCUCCGCUGCUUGGCAGCUACUAGCAUUAUCUGUGGCUGCUCUUGCCUGGGAGUCGUGGCUCUGGUGUUUGCCAUCAAGGCAGAAGAGCGGCAUAAAGCAGGCCGGUCCGAGGAGGCAGUGCGCUGGGGGGCCCGGGCCCGGAAAUUCAUCCUGGCCAGCUUUGCUGUCUGGCUUGCUGUCCUCACUCUGGGUCCCCUGCUGCUGUGGUUGCUCUCCUACGCCAUCGCUCAGGCUGAGUGACCCUGGAUGGCCUCUGCUGAGAGCCAGCUGAGACCUCCUGGAUCCUGCAAUGCGGCAUUGCUAAGGUCCUGUGACAGCAGUGGUUGGAAGGAUCCUGGUUGGAAGGAUGGGGACUCUCAAGGGGCUUCGGAAGAGCUCUUCUAGCCCUUUAUAAAAGGAGGGCAGCAGCUGAGACUGAUGAGAGGAGGGCAGCCUGCUCUGUUCUUUCAGGGCCUCCCAUCCCUAUCUCCCCCACCCAAGCCCACCCUAGGCCUCUACCCAGCGGGAGGGGUUGAAGACCAGGCCUGGUUUUAUUAGAAUUCAUUUUGUAAUAAAAGCCUUUUUUAGUGGUGAAA